CGAUUCAAGAAUAACCUUGAUGGAGACCUGAAGACUUGUGUUAGCUCCCCACACUCAUAGGCAUAGCAUGCAUAGGCUUUAGGACUUCUGGUCCCCACAAGCAUAGUAAAAUCAAACACACACACACACACACACACACACACACACACUGACAGUUGUUGCAUUGUUGUGUCAGGUCUAUGUCUGUCUGUCUCUGUGAUAUGUUAAACUGUCCCUGAUGACUCAGCCAUAACGGCAGAGGACAAGGAUAUGAGGGGGGGGCGGGUCGCGACGUGUUAGAGUAAAUGUAUAAUUAUUUAAUUAUUACUGGAAUUGAUUUGGCCAAGUGCAAAUGGACUCUGUUCAUUGCGCUUUCUGCUUAGCAUCGGUGUAAAUUUGUCAACUGCGCGGUGGGAGGGAGAUGCCCGUGUGCUUCGCAGUUUGCCAGAUUUCUUUAAAUUAAGUUUUCCUGAAGAUCACCCCGCGACGCACACGAUGCGGCGCUGUAGUUCAGCCGCAGAUGACGCGCUGUCCCACUCGCGGAUGUCAUCAAAUGGAGUCAAGCUAACCACAAGUUCUGACAGCUCGUCAUGAAACGCAAAUACAGCGAUGAGUUUCUCUCUCUUGGUUUCAUACAAACUUUGAGAAAUAACGAGGUGCGCCCACAAUGUGUUUUGUGCGGGGAAGUGCUUAGUAAUGAGUCUCUCAAAACAAACAAAUUAAAAACGACAGGUCCUGACCAAACAUACACAGCAUGACAGUAAAACCCAGGGAGAUCUUUCAGAGCAGGGCUGAAUGCUUCAGGUAACAGUGCCUCGACAGUGGAAAAAUAAAUAGCCAAGAGGGGGAGUGAAGCAGAGAAGCAAAUGAGAGAUUAAAAGGGAGUAAGAAAACCUCUAGCUGUUCUAUGCAAACGUUCGUUACCCACCACGAAGCCACAAUGAGACAGUUUUCAGAGAGGAUGUCUGAAGCGAUCGUCCCAGAAUCCUCAGGGCUGAGGUCAUGUAAUGAGUUAUGCCCCUCCGUUCUGCCAUCCUCACCCUCCCUUGCCACAGAGGAUGAGUGUCACCAUGACAACAGAAAGGUGGAGCAGCAGAAACCUGUCAGUAACCAGGGGCAACCAGCCAGGAAGAGAACCAAGGCCAAAGGCAGGUUGGUGAGGAGCAUGGCUGUGUGUGAGGAGUCAUUCCCACCAUCCCCUCCUGACACCACCCAAGACAGCCAGAGCUCUGUUGAAGUCACCAUGCUGCCAGGUUGCCAUGACAACGAGGAGGAAGAGCAGAGCAAAGAGCCAAAUGUGCCCACGCUAAUUAUCUCAGACACCAGUCAGGAAUACACAGACUCUACUGGGAUUGACCUGCACCAGUUUAUCAUCACCACCCUGAACAGCAAUCCCAGAGACAGGAUGAUGCUGUUGAAACUGGAGCAGGACAUGAUCGACUUCAUCACAGACAACGGUCCUUAUAAGAAAUUCCCUCACAUGUCUUCCUACCAUCGUAUGUUGGUCCACCGGGUAGCAGCCUACUUUGGCAUGGAACACAAUGUGGACCAGACUGGCAAAUCUGUCAUCAUCAAUAGCACCAGUAACACACGCAUACCAGAGCAGAGGUUUAUGGACUAUGUCCAGGAGGAGAGAGGAGAGGAGACUCAGUGGAGAACCAUACUGAAGAGAGACAACGCAGAAGACAACCAGGCGAGGCUCCACCCACUACGCGAGGAGAGGCGGAGCAAAUCAAUGGAAGAGAGAGAGGAGGAGUACCAGAGAGCUAGAGAAAGGAUAUUCAACCAGGAGCCUGCCUGUCCCCAGGAGACCAGGUCUAUAGAGGAUGGUAGCCCCCAUGCUGCGACCCAGAGAAGGCAGCUCUUUAGGGGUACCAGGGGUAACUCGGGCUCAAGCCGACAGAGCAGCACGGAGACUGACUAUAGUCGCUAUAGUAACUGGAGCAGCACUGACUCAGGUCGCUAUAGCAACGACCCCCGACCCUGGAGCAGCACAGACUCAGACUCUGCCUAUCAGAGGCCAAACCCCGCCCCCAAGGCCCGACCAGCCAAUCACAGCUGGGACGCACGAGAUGACCAUGCCCCCACCACAGGCUCCAACUACCUCACGGUGCCCAUGGAGAACGGGAUUCCACCAGGAAGUAUAUUACUGAACCCACAUACAGGCCAGCCCUUCUUGAACCCAGACGGAAGUCCUGCCAUCUACAACCCCCCCGACCCCCAGCAGCCAACAAGAAGCCAGCCUCAGCAGCAGGCCCCUCUGCCGCAGCAGCCAAUGGCUGGCCACACAGUCCCUCAGGUGGUUCAAUAUUCGUCCGUCUCUUAUCCUCCCCAGCAGUUGCAAUACUCUACGAGCGAGGACCUGUCGUCUCAGUUUGGUCACGUUACUGUGAGCUGUCAGCCAUUGGGGGAAGCUCCGUCUCUAUACCCUCCCUUAGCCUCUCCCACACAGAGUUAUGUCUAUACCGCCCCUCCCCCUCCUCACAACCCCCCCAGCUACUGCCAACCCCCUCCAACUCAGGUGCCUGUGUAUUACUACUCUACUACUCAGUAUCCUACCUCAGCACCCCAAAGACCUGCCACACCUACCCAGGCCAUACAGCCUACAGGUUACUCUCCUGUCGUAGCCAAUCAGCAGCAAACCUACCAGGGGAUGAUGAGUUUGCAGCUGCCUCAGAGCCAAGCCCAAAGAUUGCUGGGUUCUUAUCCACCUGGCUCCUCCCACCCAUGCGGUGUAACACAGGGUGGUGUGGGGGUAUCGUACCCCCAGACUGGUCUCAUGUCGCGGGGUGAGGGGGGUUACUGCUGCAUGGUAUCUCCAACCUGUCCCCCUGGUCCCAUACCCCCUCCCCCUCUACACACCGGCUGCCAUGCCUCCAGCUGUAGCAACAUCAGCAGCCAGGGGUGGGCAGGAAAAUACUAACACGCCCCCACCCAACCUAAACGUACAUAACCCCCACCCAACCUAAACUUACAUAACCCCCACACAUGCCCCCACCCAACCUAAUCUUACAUAACCCCCACACAUACACACACUUGACCUCCCUUCCCCCCACCUCUACUUGCACAACCCCACCGGACUGUGUUGAUUGAGAUGCAACCAGUGUUCAAGCUGUUACACACACACAGUAUACCACAGGCAAUGUAUUGUGCCAAAGCUGUAUCAGAGGUACUGUACUGAUUUAAAAGCAUCAUUUAUAUACUCCAGUUGAGUUUUGUAUGGAUAUGAAAUGAUUAUAUAUAUGUAUUGUAGUGUUUGAGCAGAAUAAACUGAUGUGGCUGCUUUGACAGGUCACCUUUCUAA